AUGGACAUCCCCAUCAGCAGCAGAGACUUCCGCUGCCUGCAGCUGGCCUGCGUGGCCCUCGGCCUGGUGGCCGGCAGCAUCAUCAUUGGUGUCUCCGUGUCCAAAGCUGCAGCUGCCGUGGGUGGAAUCUUUAUUGGUGCCGCUGCUCUGGGGAGCCUGAGAAUCCACCCCCAGCCAGGGCCAGACCACGGGGAAGGAAGAUCCAGCGCCAAUGGUAAUAAAGAAGGAGCCCGCAGCAGCCUGUCCACCGUGAGCAGGACCCUGGAGAAGCUGAAGCCAGGGGGCCGGGGGGCUGGGGAGGGCUGA